AUGUCUUUCCCAAAACCUUUACCAGACUGGAACAAUCUCAAGGUCAUCCAUAAGGGUACUCUUCCCCCAAGAGCGCAUUUCUACUCUUAUGUUUCCCACGAAAAGGCUCUCACACUAGACCGCCAGCAGAGUGAGUAUGUGUCUUUGAACGGCACGUGGAAGUUUCGCCAUGACGAGUCCCCCUUUGAAGCUCCCGAUUGGGAAAACGCAGAUCCAUUAAGCUGGGACGACGUCAAAGUGCCUGGAAUGUGGCAGCUCCAAGGCUAUUCGCACCCAACCUACACCAACGUCAACUAUCCGUUCCACGUCAACCCUCCGCAUGUACCUUUUCUGAAUGAGACCGGAUCCUACUGGAGACAAUUCGUCACGCCGCACAAGUGGGAGGGACAACAAAUCCGCCUUCGAUUCGAGGGUGUCGACAGUGCUUUCCACCUGUGGAUCAACGGAAAGCCAGUAGGAUAUUCGCAAGGCUCACGAAAUCCAGCUGAAUUUGACAUUACUACUUUUCUUCACCCCGCGGGAUCUGCGAAUACAAUUGCAGUACGCGUGUACGAAUUUUGUGAUGGGUCGUAUAUCGAACGUCAGGACCAGUGGCUACUCAGUGGCAUCUUCCGAGAUGUUGGAUUGCUUGCAUUUCCCAUGGAAUCUAUUAUUGACUUUUGCGCUGUACCGACACUGAGCGAUGAUCUAUCGUCUGGUGAGCUGACUAUAAGUGUAAAAAUACAAGGUAAUGAAGGCGAUCUGCAGGCCAAGCUAUAUCGCGCCGAUGGCACUCUUCUCAAGGACUCAGCUUUCAGCACUACAGAGUCCCAUAAGAUUCAAGUACUCGGAGAAGACCUUGAGCUAUGGUCUGCGGAGCAUCCUGUCCUCUACACAUUGCUUCUAUCAUUCAAAGGUCGUACCAUCCCCCAGCGCAUAGGUUUUCGACGCAUCGAGCAGAAAGACUCAAACUUCCUCGUCAACGGAAAGCCGAUUAUUCUGUACGGUAUGAAUCGCCACGAACACCACCAUCUUCAUGGCCGUGCCGUACCUUAUGAGAGCAUGCGGGCGGAUUUGAUCCUAAUGAAGAAGCACAACAUAAAUGCACUGAGAUGCGCUCAUCAACCCAAUGACCCUCGACUAUAUGAAGUGUGCGACGAAUUGGGCUUGUAUGUCAUCGCGGAAGCAGACCUUGAGACACAUGGCUUCGAUCCGGUAGAAAGAAACAAUAUAAAGAAUCAACACUUGAUGACCGAGUACGAAAUCCAAGAGACUUCCUACAAGAUGGCUAAAAAAUGGACAUCAGACAAUCCGGCAUGGAAGGAUGCCUAUCUUGACCGUGCUGUUGAGCUUGUGGAGAGAUUCAAAAAUUUCACUUGUAUCAUUUUUUGGUCCCUUGGUAAUGAGGCCUUUUAUGGUCACAACCACGCUCUUAUGUACAAAUGGAUAAAGGAAACUGAUCCAACUCGUCUCGUCCACUAUGAGGGAGACAGAGACGCUGUUACAGCAGACUUAUACUCUAGCAUGUACUGGAGUCUAGACACUCUGAAGGCUCACAUCAAGAAAAAGACUGACAAGCCUUUGAUCCAGUGUGAGUAUGGCCAUGCUAUGGGCAAUGGCCCGGGUGGUCUGAAAGAAUAUAUCGACGCCUACCGCAGUGAGAAAUUGCUCCAGGGCGGUUUCAUAUGGGAGUGGUGCAACCAUGGACUUCUGAAAAGAGAUGGUGACACAUCAUACUACGCAUAUGGUGGCGACUAUGGCGACGAACCUAAUGAUGCAGAUUUCAUUCUCGACGGAAUGGUUUUCUCCGAUCAUUCUCCAACCCCUGGUCUCGUCGAAUACAAGAAAGUCAUCGAACCUGUCACAGUGCAGUUGAAGGGAAAUCAGCUAGAGUUGAAGAACCACUUUGAUUUCAGUAGUCUCGACCACCUGACAGUGUCAUGGCACCUUGUCAACGAGACAGGGAAGACAGAGCCGAUUUCCUGGGAGCUGCCUGAAAUUAAACCUGGACAGUCGAAGCUGGUGGAUUUCCCGCAAGGCGUGAGUUUGGGCUCUGAUGCAAGCUGGCUCGCCUUGAAUUUCUGUCUCAGAGACAGCACAGUCUGGGCACCCGCGGGCCAUGAGAUUGCUUGGGCCCAGAUCCCGUUAUUCAAAGAUCAGGAUCUUCCCAUCCCUUCAUUUUCCGGAUCAGCAAAGUCGACUCUAUCCAUUUCAGAGGGACCAGGCAGACUAUACAUCUCCUCUGAAGCUUUUGCUUCGCGCUUCACUUACGACCUUGUUAGAGGAAACCUUUCUUGGUCCACUGAUACGGGUAAAAUCUUCAAUAGCGGACCGCAGCUAGGUAUAUAUCGUGCUUUGACCCAAAACGAUCUUGGUCUAGAAGGCCCUCAUAUCGAGUGGGAACGCUUCCAUGUCGCUAGUACUCGCAUGCUUGUUCAAGCCGUUACUUGGCGUUGCAAUGACGAUGGAACCGUGGAUAUUAAAACGAACGUCAGAGUUGCUCCCAAGGUACUUGAGUGGGCCCUUGAGGCUACUCUCAGUUAUACAAUCACAGAUUCGUCAGUCAAUCUUCAUGUGAAGGGCGAGUUCUCUGGCACGUAUCCGAAAUACAUUCCUAGACUUGGUCUUACUGUUCGCCUACCUCGACGCUACGAUGCUUCCACAUGGUUUGGUCGGGGCCCAGGAGAAUCAUAUCGUGACAAGAAAUCUGCCGCACGCUUUGGAAAGUACACGGCCAGUAUUCAGGACGGUCUUCAGACCCCGUAUGAAUGGCCCCAGGAGAAUGGUAACCGAACUGACACUCACUGGGCUCGAAUCCAUUCAUCGUCUCCUGAUGUCUCAUAUGCAGCUUCUGCAGAGGCUCUUACGCCUGUGCCUGGACUCGAAGUCAGAAUGGACUCCCCAUUCAAUUUUUCUCUCCGUCAGUAUUCAAUUACUGAGCUUGACCGCGCAAAACACCCCCAUGAACUUUCAGCGCUAGUUGAUGAGUCGGAAUUAAACAUUGAUUUCGCUCACCAUGGAAUUGGAACAUGUAUUUCCUACGACGCAUUCUAUGAUGCUAUCGAAGCUCGCAUCGGCGAAAAACUUCUUGCAAAGAACAUUGGAUCCCGUCUGUUCGGAUACGCAUGGAUGGAAGCCGGAGAGCGAGAGUACACCUAUCUCAGCAUGUCUGGUCAUUAUCUGAAAUUCUUCGAUGUUUUCCGUUCCAUUUUCUAUCGUACACUUUGGCAAGCCGGUAUUGCAGAGCCUCGCAAAUUCGCGACGGAUGAUGAUCGCGAAUUCCUCCUGAAUUCAUAUCGUGAACUCAAACCGCGUCCUGGUAUUCAUGAAUGCUUUUCCCGUCUUCGUGCCGCCGGAUUCACUGUCUGGGCAUUGACAGCUGGCGAUACCGCCCGUGUCGCCGGAUACCUCGCACAGGGCGGCGUUGAGAUGCCCGAAGACAAUUUCUUCUCCUGUGACACCAUUAAGAUUGGCAAACCGGCCCCAGAGUCAUAUCAUUACAUCCUAGAUAAGCUCGAAAAGGAGGGUCGAGAGGCUUGGUUUGCCGCAGCGCAUAUGUGGGAUGCGGCCGCCGCGAAACGCACUGGAUUCAAAGGGGCUUGGGUUUCUCUUUGGGAAAAGGAAACAUGCUCGGAUAUUUUUGGCGAGUUGGAUGUAAUUGCGGAUGACCUACCUUCGCUGGCCGAUGGUAUCAUUGCAGCAUCUAAAAAGCAAUAG